UGCUGUAAGAGGUAACCUGGCGAGUGGUAGCGGCGCUCCUCUGUUGCGGUGGCUCACGCUUUGGUACUAGAGGCCGACUGUUCUGGCAACGGCGACGACCUUCGCGACGGAGGCUUUCGGAGAAGCGGCGGAGUUCGGUGUGGAGGAAGAAGGAUUUGUGGUUAUCCCAGGUUCGAUCAUAAUGAAUGGGUCCAGUGUAGCGAAUACAUCACCCAGUGUGAAAUCCAAAGAGGACCAGGGAUUAAAUGGGCAUGAGGAGAAGGAAAACCCAUUUGCAGAGUACAUGUGGAUGGAGAAUGAGGAGGAUUUCGACAGACAGGUGGAAGAGGAGCUUCAGGAGCAAGAGUUUUUGGACCGUUGCUUCCAGGAGAUGUUGGAUGAAGAAGACCAAGACUGGUUUAUUCCUUCACGGGACCUGCCGCAGGCCAUGGGACAGCUGCAGCAACAGUUAAAUGGACUGUCUAUCAGUGAGGGCCACGAUUCUGAAGAGAUUUUGAACAAAAGUAACCUGAACCCAGAUGCGAAGGAAUUUAUUCCAGGCGUGAAGUACUGAGCUAACAGAGAGUUUUGCGAGAGACUUGUAUGUCCUCACAUCUGGGGACAAAGCUACACAAAAAGGCAGCGUUGCAGAGGGGGUGGGGUGGGUGAAGGGUGCACAGCGGGAAUGGGGAACAGUGGUUUAACUUGACAUUGCGACUGGAGGAACUAAUGUGCUCAGUCUUACUGGACAAACGUCUGCGUAUUUCUCUUUUGUUCUCCAUAGUCAUUUGGAGCAGUUUCCUGUUGUCGUUGUUGUCGACAUCUCUGAGUUAAGGAAUUGGCAAUCUUUUUUUUUUCCCCUUCAUCAGAAUUUUUCUGCUGUAUGUUUUUAAAAAUAAGUUGACCAAGAAAAUCUGGGUGUUUAAGAAAUGCCCUGCUCGUCCUGCUGUACAAGUCCCAGGGGCAGUGGACACCUGGAUAACUACUUACGAGUCUACUUAAGCUGGAUAGGAAGAGAGACACGUGGGAGAAGCAGGUGUUGCAAGCCAAAGCGUGAAGCUCUGCUUCCGGGCUUUCCUGCGGUGAAUGGGGGUUACUGGUAGCCUGCUGUGUCCUUGACUCCCGGCCUGAAUCCGUUCAAGAAAACACAGACUUAAAGAACUGGUUUACAAUUCAUCUUUAAUGGUUUAUUGGAGGUCUAAAAUGUUACUGUCACCUGUCGUUCAGCUACUGUUUGCCUUCUGUUCAGCCUCUGUUACAUCUACCAUCAUCACUGCAAGUUUAAAAAAACACUAAAGUUGACCUGUCACUUUAUCCCCUUGUGUGUAGUCCCCUCUGUCCUGCCCACCCCACUUUGUUUUUCAGAAGAGAUAUGUUACCAAAGGUUCACGAAAGGCAUGCUAGGCUGGCAGUCAUCCUAUACCUGGAGAGGUCGUCCUUGAAUUGUUCAUCCUCAUUCAUUGUGUCUUAAGUUUAUUUUGACAAUUUUUUUUCUUUCUAUCCCAUGAACACUUAGUCCUGGUAUCUUAAUUCUUAGAAAGGAUUAUGCCCUUUGCAAGUAAAUCAUUUUUCAGGACACUAGCAAGUAGUUCAGUUCACAACUUGAGUGCU